CCUACGAAUAAUCAAAACAGCCCAUAGGAUUCGUGUCUUAUGGCAAACCUACCCACUACCACCAAGUACAAUGCACCAUCACAAGCUCGCACAGCAGAACUGCUUACAACCGCCUUCUCCGAGCUCUUCGUUUUUCCGAACCAGUUUCUCCAUUGAUUUUUGUUUUUAGCUCUGAACAAUGCCAACAGGAGAAGAUUAUAAGAUAAAGAAGAAGAACAAAUCGAUCAGGAAGAAAUUGCGGAGCGAGUCAUCCAAGGUUUCUAAUCGCAUCGCCGCCAUCAUCGCACAAAAAAAGCGUCGUCAGUCCGGCAAACGCAGAAUGUGUCAGGGAAUGUGUUUUAGCCUCCCUACUCCUGAGGAUCCUUUCUUAGACAAACCUACAAAUCUCGAUUCCAAGAAAAAGGACAAGACAAAGAAGAUCAAGAAACUGGAGCCAUCAAAGGGAGUUGAUAAUCUGUCAGAAAAAGGAAAUAAGAGAAAGGCUAAAGAAGAUGAUCAAUCAAAUGGAAACAACCAGGAACAUAAAAGGGCAAGGGUGGAGAAAGAUUCAGAUAAAAAAAGCACCAAGAAACUUAGUACCUCCCGUAUUUCAAAAGAUGAAGGUUGCCCUUCAAAAUUCUUAAUCUCAUGUUUGAAAACAAUACAAGAUAUGAUGCAUCACAAUGAAGCAUUCGAACCAGGAAAGCCUCUGUUCUUUGACUCAUGGGGCUUUGAUUUUUGGAGAUGUUAUUCAAGUGGCAAACAUGUAUUGGAGACAAAUGGAAGUUGUACAAUGGAACAAGUUGCUUGGAUAGCAUCAACUGCUGUUGACACCAUUACAAAUAAGGAAAAAGAAGGCGUAUCUUUCACCACUCCUUACCUUUUAUUCCUUGUACCUUCACAACAGAAAGCAAUACAGGUACGUUCUGUAUGCAAGCCAUUAAAGGCAUUUGGAAUACAUACAGUAAGUCUACAUCCUGGUGCUUCCAUAGAUCAUCAAAUUCACGGAUUAAAAACAUGUGAGCCGGAGUUUCUUGUUUGCACACCAGAUAGGCUUGUGGAGCUUGUUUCCAUGGAAGCCAUAGAUAUUUCUGGAGUUUGUUCUCUGAUUAUUGAUGGAUUGGGAUCUUCUACUGAAGGAGCUUACCUUGAGAGCGUCAAAUCUAUUCAAAAGCAUAUUUCUGUUGACCCACACACUGUGUGUGCAGAUUGUCACGAGAGGAAUCCCUUAUCAACAAGAAAUAGCGAUGAGAAUGAACCUGUGGUUUGUGUGUAUGAUUGAUUUGGAAGAUAUUCUCACAAGAAUGUCUCCGGAUACUUUAAAAGGGAAAUUUAAUGUGAUUUUAAGGAGAGAAGAUUUAGCAAUUGCAGGACAAAUGAGUUUUAUUGUUCUCAAAAGUCAGAACUACUCGUUUUUUAUUCACAUAUGGGUAUCCUUUUUUUAUUUUUGACCUUGAAUGUUUUAUGAAUCCUGAGUAUUGUAUUUGGUAAAAUGUAAAAGAAGGCAUUAGGCAGGUGAGACGAGCAAAAUUGUGACUGUUGUAUUUGUAGUUUUAUUGCCGAUUAGAACACUGGAAUAUGGUAAUAGUUGCUGUGUUCUGGUUAUGCACUUUUGCUUGAGCUUUUCUCGGGGCUAAUCACUAAAAUCCCCAAAAUGGGUGGAGUCCUAUUACAAAAUAACUAUAUAUUUUUUUUUGUUAUUUUAUUUAAGCUAUCAUUGAUC